AAGCACAAAUAUCAUGGAAGGAUAGGUCAGCUGGUUUGGGAAGGCAAACAUUUUCACCUUGAUCUGACCAAACUACCCCUCACAUCAUCUUCAUGUCCCAUAAUUUCAUAUACGAAUCUCUCUCUCGCCGUAACAGAAAUUCGGAACCGAUUAGAAAACACCAGAAAAAAGACCAUAGAACCUUGAAACUAGUGAGAGCCACUAUCUCUGGCGGCGGCGAUGGAGUUGGAGUUCAGGUCGUGCGUGGACGACGCGUGGUACCAAGUCCGAAUAGAGACGGAGGGUGUUGGCGGAGACCGACUGAGAGUCAAGUUCGUCGGCUUCUCCGACGACCACGACGAGUUCUAUGACGCAGACGAACUGACGUCGUUUCGAGACGUGGAGGAGUUUAGGUCGAGGUUCAGGCCGAUGUCGAUUCAGGUUCAAGAUUGGGAAUGCGGAAAGGUGGUGAAGGGCACGCUCGUCUGUGCCGCCAUUUCAAUUAGCCCCGACGACUGCCGCUUCUACGACGCCGUCGUUGAUCGGGAUACAAGCUUCUCCGGACGACCCUCAAGUCAUAGUUGGUCUCGUAAAGAAAUGAUUUGCAGUCCUUCUGAAAAGACUGAACACGACAUGGAUAUAGGAGGUACCCCCUAUAUGUUACUAGUGGAGAAUCUUGAGAAGGGUAUAUCACCAUUCUCCAUUAUGGAAUUCAUACACCAGCAAGUUACAAUCUCAUGUCAAGCAUCUGUUUGGCCAAGUAAGUUGUCAGAGGCAUAUACAAGAGGAACCAUUGUGGUUGACAGUAAAAGCAAUCUGGACAAGUUAUCUAACUUUUUAGAGAAUCCAGAUCAUCUUAUCAUUUCAUCAAAAGGAAGACCUUGGGUAAUGACUGAGAAAUCUGCACUACAUGAGACAGCAAGGGCAUCGAUAAGAAGCUUCAUGCUUAUGUCUCAGACAAUAUUACAGAACAGAAGCCCUACAACUAGCCAUGCAUUGAAGGUUGCCAUUUCUGGAACUAAAGAAUAUGAGACAGCUAAGUUGAUGAAGGAUUUAUUUUUGGAAUUUGUUAAGCAUCAAGAAAUUUGCUGGGUACAUCUAGCAGCAUCCUUCCGGAGUCACAACCUUUUGUUGCAGCUUAAACUUGUUGAAGCCAUCAAACAAGCUGGAAAUGUUAAGCGCUUCUUGCCAUCGGAGUUUGGUUUGGAUCCGGCGCGCAUGGGACAUGCACUUGAACCAGGAAGAGUGACAUUUGAUCAGAAAAUGGCGGUGAGGAAGGCAAUAGAAGACGCUAAAAUACCCUUCACUUAUGUGUGUGGUACUUGCUUCGCCGGUUAUUUUGCUGGGAACCUCUCGCAGAUGGGAACACUUGUUCCUCCAAAGGAUGAAGUUCUUAUUUAUGGAGAUGGAAACACUAAAGUAUCUAUAAUGGAUGAAGAUGACGUCGCAAGCUAUACAAUCAAGACGAUUGAUGAUCCGCGAACUUUGAACAAAACAUUGUACCUUCUUCCCCCGGAAAACCUACUCACUCAAAGACAAUUGGAGAUUUGGGAAAAUCUCAUUGGAAAGAAACUAGAGAAAAAUUCUCUUUCGAAAGAAGAUCUCCUUGCCUCUAUGACAGGUAUGGAAUAUGCAGGCCAGGUCGGAGCGGGGCAUUUCUGUCACAUUUUCUAUGAAGGCUCUUUGACAAACUUCGAAAUAGGGGAGGAAGGAGAAGAAGCUUCAAAGCUUUAUCCAAAAGUGAAAUAUACCCGCAUCGAUGAAUACUUGAAGAUUUAUGCAUGA